CGGAUUGAUUGUUCACAGAGGGGUACGUGCUGGUUUGAUUAUGUGCAGGAUGACAACAACUCACUACGAUACAAUAAUGAAAGAAAACAGGACCAACUGUAGUCCAUAGCCCUGGAUGUUUGCCUGAGUCCUCAACCUAAAGUCAUCAUGGAGAAAUCCUUGGCAGAGUUAAAUAAAGCUGGCUCCCGCUCAACAUCAUCGUUGCCACCUGAACCGGUGGACAUCCUUCGCAGCAAGUCAUGUUUCCGCAGAGUCAGGCUGAAUGUUGGGGGCCUCCCUCAUGAGGUCUUGUGGCGAACGUUAGAUAGGCUACCACGAACACGUUUGGGAAAGUUAAGAGAUUGCAACACCCAUGAAUCUCUUAUGGAAGUGUGCGAUGACUACAACCUCGAGGAGAAUGAGUACUUUUUUGACCGACAUCCAGGGGCUUUCACGUCAAUUCUGAACUUCUACCGCACAGGUAAGCUGCACAUGAUGGAAGAAAUGUGCGCCUUGUCGUUCAGUCAAGAACUCGACUACUGGGGCAUUGACGAGAUCUACCUGGAGUCGUGUUGCCAGGCGAGGUACCACCAGAAAAAGGAGCAAAUGAAUGAGGAGCUCAAACGAGAGGCCGACAACAUGAAAGACAGAGAGGGAGAAGAAUUUGACAACACUUGCUGUGCCGAAAAACGAAAGAAACUUUGGGACCUCUUGGAAAAGCCCGGCUCAUCUGUUGCAGCAAAGAUACUGGCCAUCAUCUCCAUCCUCUUCAUCGUGCUAUCCACCAUUGCCUUGUCUCUGAACACCCUUCCAGAGCUGCAGGACAUGGAUGAGUUUGGCCAGUCUUCAGAUAACCCACAACUGGCCCACGUGGAAGCUGUAUGUAUUGCCUGGUUUACCAUGGAGUACCUACUCCGCUUCCUCUCCUCUCCAAACAAGUGGAAGUUCUUUAAGGGUCCUCUGAAUGUCAUUGAUCUGCUGGCCAUAUUGCCCUACUACGUCACCAUCUUCCUGACAGAAUCCAACAAAAGUGUGCUGCAAUUUCAGAAUGUCCGCCGCGUGGUUCAGAUUUUUCGGAUCAUGCGUAUCCUGCGUAUUCUGAAGCUGGCUCGUCACUCCACAGGUCUUCAGUCUCUGGGCUUCACUCUUAGGAGGAGUUACAAUGAGCUGGGCUUGCUUAUCCUUUUCUUGGCCAUGGGCAUCAUGAUCUUCUCCAGUCUGGUGUUCUUUGCUGAGAAGGAUGAGGAGGAUACAAAGUUUAAAAGCAUUCCAGCUUCUUUCUGGUGGGCUACUAUUACUAUGACCACAGUAGGCUACGGAGAUAUCUACCCAAAAACGCUACUGGGAAAGAUAGUGGGGGGUUUAUGCUGCAUAGCUGGAGUACUGGUGAUUGCUCUACCUAUUCCUAUUAUUGUAAAUAACUUCUCUGAAUUCUACAAGGAGCAGAAGAGGCAGGAAAAAGCACUUAAACGAAGAGAGGCCCUAGAGAGGGCAAAGAGAAAUGGUAGUAUUGUCUCAAUGAACUUGAAAGAGGCAUUUGCUCGUAGUGCAGAAUUGAUGGAUGUGGUGGUAGAGAAGAGUGAGAGGCCUCAUGACAACCAACUUUCUCCAAGCCAUUGGAAAUGGACCCCCAAGAGAGCUGCAUCAGAAACAAGCUCAAAUCGUUCCUUCAACGCCCAGGAGUUAGGCUCUCCCAACAAGUCCCGAACCACCAGUCCCCAGAGGCUAAAUGUUCAGAAGCUCGAGGAGAUGUACAACCAGAUGGCCAAGACACAAUCCCAGCCAAACCUCAAUGCUAAAGACAGGGGCUCUAGAGUUGGCAAACAGAGGGAUGAAAUAGAGCUGGGGGCCAUCCAAGAUCACAGGCCACCGGUGCUAGGAACCAGAGAAGGAGUGGGGGACAUGAAAAGCUUGUCCAGCAUUGACAGCUAUAUCAGUUGUGCUACAGACUUCCAGGAGAAUCCACGCUUCCCCCAAAGUCCUGCAAUAGACCUUGGUCUUCAGGAAAGCAACCGGUUCUCCAACAGUCCGGCUACAGCUUACUCCCAGCACAAGAGUGCAAAAACAGGCCAGCAAACCACUGGGGAGCGUGAGCCCAUGCUGACUCCCUUGUCUAUUACAAAACCCUCACGCUCAGAGAACGCACGGAGAUUCUUCUUUUCUGGCAACUCCUCAAAAAUCCUUAUCCCCAAAGGAAGCUGUCGAAGCGAGAGGGGGUCAGGCCCGUCCCCACUUUCAGACAGCUCAGUCAUGUCAGACCAGUCCUUGUUAAGCCCUGAAGUUUCUGUCUACACCACUGCCAGCAGCAGAACCCCACCGAAGUCCCCAGAGAGCAGUACCCUGGCCGCAACUGUCUUCACCUUUCACGACUCCUCCAUCAGCAAAUACAUUGACGCUGAUACAGAUGAUGAUGAGCACCUCCGCGACAUCUCUGACACCAGUCCUUCAGAGCGUCUUUUGGCUGGUUCAAGCCCAAAACGCAACAUCAACAUGACUUACCAGAAAGGAACCAACCAUUUAGAAGCAGCCCAAAAAAUGCUGGGCCAGAACUGUCUGUUCCCAAAUGAAGGGAUUCGCGGGGUAGCUCAUGAGAAUCACGUAGGACCUGAGAUGGCACGUAGACCAAAGGUUGAGAGGGGUCGUCAAAAUACUUUGGAUAAAAGCCUCUGAGGUAUAAGUGCAGCAGAAAUAAACAGGAAGCUGGAGCCAGAGUGUUUGUGGUGGAGAAACCGGACAGACUAAAAACACAAUAUAAUCCAGAGACAAACAAAACGCUAGAAGGUCGGGAGUUCAAUACCAGGCUGCCACCAUUGUACCCCUGAGCAAGGUACUUAACCCUGAGUUGCUCCAGGGAGAUUGUCCCUGUAGUUAGUUCAAUGUAAGUCGCUCUGGAUAAGAGCGUCUGCUAAAUGACCUGUAAUGUAAUGUAAAGUACAAAGUGGAAGAGACAAAGGGUCUCACCAAAACAUUUCACAAAUUAUCUGAGCAUGCCAUUGGGCACCAAGCUCAGGGUCAACAUGUGUGGUGAAUACUCUGGGACAAAAAAACUUGGAGAUCGGAGAAUGUCACUGCCCUUCCUUCAACUCAUUCCUAUUAGUGGUAUUACACAAAACAAAAGAGCACUCCCAGGUAGCCUGUGGGUCUGUUCAGAGAUCCCCGUGGAAGCAGAGUCAUCAGAGACAUUUAGAUGUAGUCACAACUGGUGUAACCAAAUUGAAUAAUGGUUUUAGUGGCAGAGGGAUAUCUCUAUACUCUCCAGGAAAAAAGGUCCCAGCUGCCCACUAUCCCAUUACUGAGUCCCAGUUCAUGUUGUAGUCUUGGAGAUACAGGAGAGUACCUAGAAGCCUAUAAACUACUUACUUGUGCCCUCCAUUCCCAAAACUGGCCUUAGUCAUUUACAUUUCUAGGGGUGUGCAUGUCUGCAUAUACUGUAAGGGUAUGUGUGCAUGUGUGUGAGUGUGAAUGUUGAUGGGUGAUCUAAUGGUAAUUCAUGUAUACACACUCUUGAGAUUGUCGAACCUGAUUUAUUUUUAUAUAGAUAAGAGAAAGUCCCUUAUAGAAAUAUGUGAUUUGCUAGUCUGCUGUGUCAUACUCAUAUGUGAAGAGUAAUCCUGUAUAAGGUCCAAUGUCUUGGCACAGAGGCUUCAGUUAACAAAAGCUCCAACCCAUCAUCCAUUAUAAUGAACGCUCUUUCUUAAACAGUAUUUUGCUGUCCCCUAUGUUAUCAUGUCACGGUGAGAAUGGAUAAUAUAUUGACCAGUGAAUAUUGUCCUAGCACCUCAGUAUGAUUUUUAAGGGAUGGUAGUGGUAGUGGACCAAUAAUUUUUUUAAUGGGCCAAGAGCCAGAAAUAACAAGCUUGAAUGCUGCAUAAAGCGCACAUUUAUGAAGCAUGCAUGCAUCCAACCGGUCAACAUACAAAAACAUGAGAUGCUUUAAAAAAUGAAAUAUAUAAAAAUCCUCUAAUAUGUUUUAUUUUUUUAUGUUUACAGCAUAUAAUUACUGACAUAAAGUUUAGAUUUCAGUAACAGAUGUUCAGCAUGCAUUGGCCUUCUUUUGACCAACACGAAAGCAUCCAAAGAGAUCACACUGUCAGAUAAUGGGAUAUGUGCAUAUUUGAUACUGAGAGCAGGGGAGUUCUACUUUGUUCCUUUAAUCGUCAAAAUAAACUUUAACGGCACUAAAUAUACACCGCUAAGUUAACUUUAACAUAAGUCAGUUGUAAUUGCCCAACCUGAUGAAAUCCAUGUAUGAGCACACACACCCACUAAAGAUACAUACAGGCAUGAAAGACCAUUUUCAGGAUACAUCGAUACACUUAGUUUCCAUGGUGACAGAAGCUCUCCUCAAAGGCUGGCAGAAGCUCAGCAACGGUUUGUUAAUUGGGGCAGGAAGGUCUGAUUGCAUGUAACACAUGUUCAACACGCAUACAAGAACACUCUCUCACACACACACACACACACACACAAACACACACGCAGGCAUGUACCCACAAAGUCACAGGUAUGCACAGUAGUCACAUGUUAGCAGAGCCACUCCUCACUGUGCAUAUUUAUGAGUACUUAAGUAACAUUAUGAUGUAAGGACCUUGUACAUUGUUUUGUCUAAAAUUCCAUAAAUACUGCAAUUUCCCAUUGCAAUCUCUAUUCUCUGUUUAUAUUUCCACUUAGCAGAGAGAAACAGUCUUACAUACACACAAUGAAAUAUAUUACAUAAAUGAGCAUACACUGAAUAUAGAGGGUCAAACAUGCUAUAUUUGAACAAUAAUCCCAACCUUAAGAAACAUGAAUUAAAUCAUGUAAUAAGAAUGACUUUACAGACAUAUAGACCAUGCUAACAUGAGCAGAGCUAGGAUGUGAAAUGUGAAGUCAUGCCUUUAAAAUUCUCAAGAAUAGGUAUCUCUCAUUAAAACUUUACUGUCAACUAACACAAUUCACCAAAUUGUAGAAGCUUCCUGACACACGUAUAUUGAUGAAAGAUAGAAAUAAAAGAGGCCAUUGCUCUAUUACAAAUGUAGGUGUUGAGUUUAAAGUGUUAUACAAAAGUCAACAGAAGGUGAUCGUCAUUCAUUUUUGAGUGUUGUUGUUAAGAGUCUAAUCACAAAUCAUCUUUCCUGUUUUAUUCACAGAGUUGAACCAUUUCAUAUUGCUUUCCCAUAGUGAGAGGAGCUGAGGUGUGAAAGGAAUAGCAAUGACUGCGAGAGGCAGAGGGAACCAUGUGUGUGUGUGCGUGUGUUUGUGUGUGUGUGUGUGUGUGUGUGUUUGUGUGUGUGUAUUUGUGUGUGUGUGUGUGUGUAUUUGUGUGUGUGUGUGUGUGUGUGUGUGUGUGUGUGUGUGUGUGUGUGUGUGUGUGUGUGUGGCAGCUGUAAAGCCAGGGCAUUAGAGCAGUAAUGAAAAAGAAUGAACUGUUAAUGAAUGUAUGCAUGUUGGUGGAAUCCUGCUUCUUUUUUCUCCAUAUUAUAUCUGAAGUUCUGACUCUAACAUGCAGCAGUAACACAGAUUGUACUUUAAUAUGAGAAAUUAAGAUUAAUUUAGGAUAUGUUUCAAUUUUGAAGUGCAGCUUCAUUUACAGCUGGGGAAGCGCAUUUUAUGGAUCUUAUUUAACACACGUCAUCUAAUUAGGCAAAGAUGGAUGGUUUGCACAUUCAUACACUAUAUAUCACAACAUUCCUUUAUUAUUCAUGUUACAUUUCUAAUCAUUGCCCUUUCUUGCACAUAAGCAACAGUAUCUGCUAAUAUUAGAUCCUAAAUUCACAGAGAAAAAAAACAAUGGCACACAUAAACUUGGGUAUCGUCUGCAAAGAUGUGUAACCUAAUUACAUGAUUUGAAAAUGUCCUAUGGCAUAACAAUUGACUGCAAAUAUUUAACACUUUCCAGAUAGCCUCUGGUGAAAUUCAGAUUGAAUCAGUUUUUAAUGUCUCCUAAAUAACUUGCUGUGAAUGGCUGCAACUUUGGUUAAAUUCAUACAUUAUUUUAAGAAUAAACUUGUUUAAUUCUUAACAUGACAUUACAAGGUGGAAGUGGCACAGGUUCAAUUAUACAAUGAAAGACAACAUUAGUCUCCACAAGAAAAACAUUUGGUUCAUAGACCAGUUGGAUAGUUCCUAUGGAUAUUUAUCUUUAUCUUACAAAAAGUCAAGGUCAAUGUAUGCCAACAUCUUUUACCAUGUUAUACCUAGACGUCCAAAUUUCAGUCAGACAUGUCCUUCUGAGUGCAUUACAUCAUUAAAAAAAAUAAUGAUUAAGUUUAAUUUUCAACGCUUAGAUAAAGGGCAUUCAGAUCACACAACCUCUAAUGAAGAAUCAUGUGAGCUUCUGUCCCAUCAUUUAGGUUUUCUAUAUUAUGGUAGUCAGGGACCAUGUUUCACUGAAAUAUCUCUAAACAAUGAUGACAAUCAAUAUUCCAUAAAUAGACAGCAAGCACUAUUGUAGAGAACUGAGAUUUAUUAUAGGAAUAUAUUACACAAAUGCUCACCCAUGUGCUUACACACAAAUGUAAGUAUUGAAAUCCCGACAAUAGUGUUGAUAUUCUUAAGCUUUUAGACAAGGUAGUGCAAAAGAAACAUCAAGCAUGAUGUUGUGAUGUCAUACCUUACUGUGACAUGAUACCACCAAAAUACAAAACCUAUAUUUAUUUAGUCUUUAGUCAUCCUUGUUUUUAUUUAUUCUAAAAUAUUUUUAUUUCACUGAUAUCCUUGUGGAGAAAUUCAAAGGACUAAACCAUCAUGCUUUAUGAAGAAAACACAAUCAAGUGACCUGUUUUAUUUCUUAUUUAUUGAUACAAACUAAGAUGAAGAGCACAGAUUCAUAAACGUUUCCAUAACAAGACUCCCAACUGUACAGUAAAUGCAUUUAGUUUAAAUCUACAAUAGAACUUGAUUGUCGCGCUAGCUGCUAAAUUUAACUGUAAAGAGGUUCAAGUCUUUAAUUUUUUUUGUUAGAACCCCAUAGGACCCUUUUCAAGGACAUGUGGUAGUUUCUAAAAACCCAGUGAGAACCACUGCUUUAGCAAGUAGCCGAAUUUACUCUGAAUCUAACACUGUAUUACAGGGUUGGGGUCGAUUCAGGAUGCCUUGAGAAAAAACACAAAUCACACAUUACACUAUAAAAUAAACAGUAUGAGAGCAUGAGGCAAAUUAAAACCUAGUACAAAUUAAAAACAUAAACUAUAUUUUUUCAACAUUUUAAGUUCUCAGUGGAAUUGACCCCAACCUUGCCUAAGCCAUCAGUCUUUGUAAAGUACACUGUUACCAGGGAAAUGAAAAAAGAUAUUUGAACGACCUUAGCCAGCUCUUAUACAAUGUUGUUUGUAGGUCCCGAGGCUGUCUGUUUUGUAAAAAAAACAAAAACAUUUUUACCUGUUGACUUUCUAUGCUGUUGUUUCUGUAUAAAUGUUCUAUUGUUCAGUGCAUGUUGUAACUUUGGCGUUGUGACUGGUUGUGAUUCACACAGAGCCAGUACUUGUCAUGUAAAAAAAAGUGUCUCAAUGUCCCAAGAUAUUUCUAUUUCUUAAGAAAAGCAACAUUUCCCUUGGAUGACUUCAAUGAAAUAAAUCAGAUCACUUUACAUUUUGAUUA